AUGGUAGCUGACUGGAAUGUUUCUGAUUUAAUAGUUGCCUUGAGCUAUCCUUACCCAUCUCCGCUUGUAAGAGGGUGGCUUUGUCCAACAGACCGUCAAGCUUGUGUGCGCGCCGCUUCCGGGAGACGCCCCAGCUUUUACUGGGUAUUGCAUGAAAUCAUACAAUGGGGUAUUUCUGCUGGCUUGUUCACCCCUGAGGAGCAGCCUGACGCUGAAAUUGACAGACAAGAUAUGCCACAGUGA